CGGAAUCCCCGGCGGCGCGUGCACUUCAACCUCUCCUCAGUUCUUCCCAAAAGUGCACUCGUCAGCCACGCGGACCCACACUGUGUAUAAAGAAUUGCCCGAAGCCGCCGGGAUUUAGAAUUGGUGAUCUUAUAAGAACGGCCAAAUAAAAGAAAUUAAAGAAUUAAAAAAAAAAGAAUUAUUUCUCGUCUUCUUCUUCUUCUCCGUCUUGGGUUGACGGAAAAAAUGGCGAUUUCUUCCCGGUUGCCGCGAUUCUUGAGCGCCAGGACGAAAAAAACAAAUCUUUAUUUCGCGGCGGCGACCGCCGUCCUCUGUUCUGCGUUCUACCUCAUCGGAAUCUUGCAACACGGCGGGGCAUCCAGUCGCCGUUUGUCCGCCGUCACGGUCCUCCCGUCGGUCAACUGCGACCUUCACACCAAGAACUCAAUCGGGAAGAGCGAUUCCUCCGGCGGCGCGUUUCUCGACUUCCACGCCCACCACGCCGCGGAAGCGGAGACGGCGGCGGAGGUGAAGCGGUUCCCGGCGUGCGGGGCGGAGCUGUCGGAGUACACGCCGUGCGAGGACACGGAGCGGUCGUUGAAAUUCGACAGGGACAUGCUGAUAUACAGAGAGAGGCACUGCCCGGAGAAGGGGGAGGCGUUGAAGUGCCGAAUCCCGGCGCCUUUCGGGUACCGGGUUCCGGUGCGGUGGCCGGAGAGCCGUGACUCGGUUUGGUACGCCAACGUGCCUCACAAGCACCUGACGGUCGAGAAGGCCGGGCAGAACUGGGUCCGGUUCAAGGGUGACCGGUUCACGUUCCCCGGCGGUGGGACCAUGUUUCCACGUGGAGCUGACUCGUACAUCGACGACCUCGGCCGGCUCAUCAACCUCAAAGACGGGUCUAUCCGGACCGCCAUUGACACCGGCUGUGGGGUUGCUAGUUGGGGGGCAUACUUGCUCUCAAGGGACAUACUGCCCUUAUCAUUUGCACCAAAGGACACACACGAAGCUCAAGUCCAGUUUGCCUUAGAGAGGGGCGUCCCGGCCACCAUUGGCCUCCUCGCCUCCAACCGCCUCCCCUAUCCUUCCCGCGCUUUCGACUUGGCCCAUUGCUCCCGUUGCCUCAUCCCUUGGGCCCAAUACGAUGGGCUGUACUUGAUCGAAGUGGACCGGAUCUUACGGCCCGGAGGAUACUGGGUUCUCUCCGGGCCACCGAUCAACUGGCAGGCCCAGUGGAGGGGCUGGAACAGGACCAGGAAAGAUCUGAAGGAAGAACAAGAUGGGAUUGAGGGCCUUGCCAGAAGCCUGUGCUGGAAAAAGCUGGCCCAGAAAGGAGACCUUUCCAUUUGGCAGAAGCCCACUAACCACCUCCACUGCAAGGCCAACAGAAAGGUCUUCAAGAAACCCCUCUUCUGCCACGGAGGCCCAGAUCCUGACACCGCGUGGUACACCAAGAUGGAAGCCUGCCUGAGUCCCCUGCCGGAAGUUUCCGGCAUUCGGGAAAUAGCCGGCGGGGCCCUCGUGAAAUGGCCCGAGAGACUGACCGCAACGCCUCCGAGGAUUCGCUCCGGGAGCGUCGGCGGAGUGAGUGCGGAGGCCUUCCGGGACGACACGACGUUGUGGGAGAAGAGAGUCUCGCAUUACAAGCACGUGGAUUCGUGGCUGGCAGAGCGCGGAAGGUUCCGGAACGUCCUCGACAUGAACGCCGGGCUCGGAGGGUUCGCGGCUGCGCUCGAGCGGGGUUUGAUCGGGACUUACCACAACUGGUGUGAAGCCAUGUCAACUUAUCCAAGAACCUAUGACUUCAUUCACGCGGAUGGCGUUUUUAGUCUUUACCAAGACAGAUGCGAGAUUGAAGAUAUUAUGCUGGAGAUGGAUCGGGUAUUGAGGCCGUUAGGGAGCGUGAUCAUCCGAGACGACGUGGACGUGAUGGGGAGCGUGAAGAGCAUCGCGGACGGGCUUCAAUGGGAGAACCGAAUGGGGGAUCACGAAGACGGUCCUCUGGUGAGGGAGAAGAUUCUGAUUGCAACAAAACAGUAUUGGACAACCCCUUCUUCUUCUGAUGUCAAGAACCAAUAACAAGGGUCAUAUACAAUACAAGUUCAUAGUCUGGAUUUCUAUUGGGUUUAAUAUAUUUUUUUUGUUCAUAGUUUUUUUCUUAAAAUUAUUAUAUAUAAUUUUGUUUUUUUUUCAUUUUCCAAUGAGGUUUCAGCUGCACAAACAGUUGUUUUCCUUUGUCAUUUUACAAGCAUGUUGCAAUUUUAUUCGUGAGAAUAUAAUCUAAUUGAUGUA